AUGGCGUGGCCUAACAAGAACAAAGAUAUGCUCUACCGACGAGUAGGCAACUCAGGUCUACAUGUCUCCGUCAUUGGAUUGGGAGGGUGGUUAACAUUCGGCGGUCAUGUCGAUAAUGAGAUCACCUUCAACUGCAUGAAACAAGCAUAUGACUGCGGAGUCAACUUUUUCGACACAGCAGAGAGCUAUGCAAACGGACAAUCCGAAAUCGUCAUGGGCCAAGCCAUCAAGAAAUUCGGGUGGAAGCGAAGCGACCUGGUCAUCAGCACAAAGCUCAACUGGGGCAUGGCAAACGGUGAAAUCCUAAUCAACAAUCACGGUCUAUCGCGCAAACACAUCAUCGAAGGCACCCGGGCAUCGUUGGAACGUCUGCAGCUCGAAUACGUCGAUAUCAUCUACGCUCACCGACCGGACCGUCUGACGCCGAUGGAGGAGACAGUGCGCGCUUUCAACCACGUGAUCGAGAAGGGCUGGGCUUUCUACUGGGGUACAUCCGAGUGGUCGGCAGACGAGAUCGCCGAGGCCUGCGGCAUCGCCCGGUCGCUAGGCCUCAUCGCACCCAUUGUUGAGCAGCCGCUUUACAACAUGUUGGAUAGACGGAAGGUCGAGGGGGAGUUCCAGCGGCUGUACUCGCGCUGCGGGAUCGGUCUGACCACCUUCUCCCCACUGAAGAUGGGUCUCUUGAGCGGGAAAUACAACGAUGCGACGACGCAGCCUCCCCCUGGUUCGCGAUUCGCCGAGAGCAACGAUCGGUUCGCCAACAGCGAGUUGGCGGAUAAACUGGGAGUGAAACUGUCGCAACUGGCGCUGGCAUGGUGCCUGAAGAACGAAAACGUGUCCUCGGUCAUCACCGGCGCCUCGCGACCGGAGCAAAUCGUCGACAACGUCGAAAGCCUGAAGUUGCUCCCGAAGCUCACUCCCGAACUAAUGGCCCAGAUCGACGAGAAUCUGGGCAACAAGCCGGCGCAGGAUCCCGCUCGACAGGACUAA